AUGUCGGUUGCAAUGGAUAGAGCCAUGAUGGCUUUAAGUUUGGAAGAAGAAGAAGUGUCUGACUUGCCUGGAGUCAGCUCAGCGGAGGAGAAUGAACUAAAUGCCAAGGAAAUGGCAAAAGAAGGAAGGGUGAGAGGUAUUGCUCUGUCACAGGAAUACUUUCAGUUUAUCUUUAAGAAUGAACACGAUCUGAUGGACGUGUUAGAGAAGGGUGUUCAGACGUUCAAUGAGUGGGUGAUUGUGUUGGAGAGGUGGGUCGAGAAUCCGCCAGAGGACUACCUGCAAUUCAUCCCUCUAUGGGUUCAGAUGAGGAACAUACCUGUAAAUUAUUACACAACGGUGGCGCUAGAAGCCCUGGGAGACAUUGUUGGGAAAGUUAAAGUGGUAGCUUUUGAUCCAACGAAGCCGAUAACUCAAGACUACAUCAUAGUUUUGGUGAGGUUCAAUGUAGCUAACCCCUUGAGAACGUCUACGGUGAUAGACCUUGGUGGGGGAAAGUUCACGGUUAUUCGGUUCAGUUAUGAAAAGGUUCAGAAAAGGUGUUAUCAUUGCCAGAGAUUGAACCAUGAGAAACCAGUGUGUCCCAUCCUAGUGCGUCAAAGACAAGAAGAGGCGCAACUGAGGAGAAGCAGAGUCCAGGAAGAACUUGCUUUGAAGAAACAAGUUUUGCAGGAACAUAAUCCUCUCUUUGGGGUUUUGCUUGAGUCGCAAUUAGGGAUAAACCCAUUAAAUGGAAGACCAAAAAUAGCAGAAGAGGUUUUGCAAGAGAUGAGGAGAUAUCUGGUGGCUAAUACCGGAGAAGAUUUGGCGAUUAAGAUCGAUAAAGUGAUUAAAUCAGUCAAAGAGGCUGAGAAGGAUCCAGAGGUUCAGAGAACAUGCUUACGAUUGGAAGAGGCACCGGAAAUAACCAAGGACCUUAACAGAGGCAAAGGAUUGGUCUUUGAUUACAGUCAGAAGGUGGAUGAUCAAAAGAAACAGCUAAGCAUCUUCAAACCAAAGAAGCUAAUGGCUGAAAUCAAACUCUACUCCAGUCCGAAGCUCCCAGGAACCUCGAGACCUGGUGUAUCCGGAAUAGUAAGGAAAAGAAACAACACCCGCAGAAGACCUUCAAAAUCAGCAAGGAAACCUAGAAAAGGAGGAGCCACCAACGAGGUUAUGGCAGAUUACACGGCUCAGAGAGAAGGAAAGCAAACUAUGGGGAAAAUAAGAGAAAGAAUGAAGAUCAGGGAGAGGAAGGAAGGUCAAAAUCAAAGGCGAGCAGCCUUCAGGUGA